CUACAAUUUCAGCAUUUCGCUCCUCAACACUGAACUUUUUUUCUCUCUCAACUCUCACUCUCUCAUUCGUACACUUGUAAGAGCUAUUCAUUCAUCUGUGUAACUCCUUUUUUCCCUAUUGACUCAUUCAUUCCUUUUGGUUGGCGAAACAAUCCCAACAUAUUUUCCAGGAAAAGAAAAGAAAAUAACAGAAAAUUUCUACAGAAAGUUCUUGGCUGGCAAGAGAGCAGGGCAGUGGUAACAGUAGUAGUAGUACAGUGUACCAAAAAACACAGUUACUGAGUUUCCUUAUUUACUUUGGUAGUUUCUAUAUUCUGGGUCUGUGCUGUUUACACCCUUUGUUUUUCUGCCCAGUCUUUAAAAAUCUUUAACACCUUUCUCUUUUUGCCUAACUUGUAAGAAGAAAAGAGUUUCAAAUUAGUUUUCGAUUUUUGAAUCAGCUUUGGCCUUUUUAGGUACCCUUUUCACAGUUUUUUUCUGUUCCCUUAUCGCUAAAGAACUCAUAAGGCUUCAUCUUCACGAUUUUGCUUCGCUUUCUCUUUCUUUAGAAUCCCUUUAUUCGGGUCUCAAUCCUUUCUUUCUUUCCUCUUUUUCUCGCUUGAUGAGAAUCUGAAGUGAAAUUUUGGUCUAAGAAAAGAUGGAGCAGAGUAUCCUAUGUCCGAUAAAAUGCACAGAGCACCGGAGUAUUACCAAAAAGUUAACCAGACCGUCCAAAAAGUCGUCGUCGGAGUCAAGCUCCGCUGUUCCAAGAACCGUACGGAUAUCCGUUACCGACCCGGAUGCGACUGAUUCUUCCAGCGAUGAAGAAGGAGAGUUCUUUAUUCGUCAAAGGGUGAAGCGGUACGUACACGAAGUUAACAUCGAGACUAGCUGUAAACCCAAUCUAGUCUCUAAUGUUCGAAAAAGACCGGCGGUUGAGGCCGGACCCACUUGCCGAAGACCCAUCAAAACCUCUAAUACUUCUUCUUCGUCUCCGACUAAGAAGUUUAGAGGAGUUCGACAACGGCCGUGGGGCAAAUGGGCGGCUGAGAUUCGAGAUCCAGCGAGACGUGUACGGCUCUGGUUGGGUACAUACGACACGGCCGAGGAAGCUGCCAUGGUGUACGACAACGCUGCCAUCAAGCUUCGUGGACCGGACGCUUUGACCAACUUCGUCACGCCUUCGGCGAAAGAAAAUCCGGAGCCGGAUAUCACCGGAGCAGCGUCGCUAUCUGGGUAUGAUUCGGGCGAAGAGUCGAGAAACCUUUCUUCUCCGACUUCAGUCCUUCAUUUCAGAACUCACUCAAACGAAGAAGAAGGUCAAAAGCCGAUACUAGACGACUUCAUCCUAGAACCAGAAGUAGUGUCUCAACCUCUGAAACAGGAAGAAGAAGUAGUAGCAGCAGCAGCAGUAGCAGCGGUCCAAGAGUGCCAAGGUGAAACGACAACGAACAGUCUACCAAACGAUUUGGGUGAUUACUUGUCGUUUGACUUACCUCCGUUCGAGGACGAGUUCUUCAAUUUCGAGUACUCCCCAGAAUCAACGACACUGUUCGACCCGUCGUUUUUCUUAUUAGACGACAUGGUGAUCGAAAACGACAGCGAAGUCAGUGCAUCAGCCGGAAUGAUUCAACCGUUGCCGGACUAUAUAGUAAAAGAAGAUUUCAGUGACAUGUUCCUGGAGUCAUCAUACGACACGUCGUCCGGCACGGAUUCGAUGUGCCAAGGUGGAGACGAUCUGUUUCGAGAUAUUUUGUUUGGCUCAGACCCUCUUGUGGUCCUCUGAGAAAAACAGUGGCAGGCACAGUCAUUGGACCGAGUGUUGCCGCCGUUGCCUUGCCGAUUUCUCGGCAGAUUUUGUUCAGGCUGCAGCAAUUUAAAAAAAAAUAAAAAAAUUAAAAUAAAAUUUGUUUUAAUUAGUUUUGUUAAAUUAUUAUUAUAUUAUUUGUUUAAAUAUCUCUCUUAUUAUUAUAAAAAAUUACGAGAGAGUAAGGUUGACUGUUGAGAGUGUAGUUUUGUUGAGUGACUAUGGCGAUGUAAUGCCUUCUUUUUUGGGUUAAAGAGUGUAUCUAUAUUAAUUAAGUCUAAUUAAUAUAAAUGUAUAAUCUACUUUUUUUU